CUGCGGUCGGUGCGCGGGGCUCGGCGCGCCGCGGGCCCGGGCGGGGCGGCUCCGUUCUAACCCUUUUUCCCGUACAGAUCCCUCGGAUUGGCUUGGCUUCUGCUACUUGUUAAGAAAAAAAACAUCUGUCUUUGCAGAUGGCCGCGUGCGUGUCCCGGGUGGAGCUGUCCGUGUCCUGCCGGAGCCUCCUCGACAGGGACCUGGGCUCCAGGUCGGACCCCCUCUGCGUCCUGCUGCAGGACGCGGGCGGUGGCCGGUGGGCUGAGCUAGAUCGCACGGAAAAGAUCAAGAACUGCCAAGACCCUGAAUUCUGCAAGAAACUGGUUGUGGACUACUACUUUGAGAAAGUGCAGAAGCUGAAAUUCAGCGUGUAUGAUAUUGAUAACAAGUCCUUUGAUUUAAAUGACGAUGACUACCUGGGAGGGGUUGAGUGCACACUGGGACAGGUUGUGUCCAGCUCAGUUUUCACCCGACCGCUGGAAUUGAAGCAGGGAAAGCCAGCAGGAAAGGGCACUAUUACGAUUUCAGCCGAGGAGAUUAAAGAUACCAGGGUUGUGUACUUGGAAAUUGAAGCCCAAAACUUGGACAAAAAGGAUUUCUUAGGUAAAUCGGAUCCAUUUCUGGAGUUUUACAAGCAGAGCGAUGCUGGAACAUGGCAGCUUGUGUACAGAUCAGAGGUGAUCAAGAACAACUUAAAUCCAUGCUGGAGGAAGUUCAGUGUUCCCUUGCAAACUUUCUGUGGUGGAGAUUUUAAUAAACCUAUCAAGGUGCAGUGUGCAGAUCAUGACAGCGACGGCUCACAUGACUUGAUAGGCACUUUGGAAACGACCCUGGCGAAGAUGCAGACAGCUGGUGCCGGCUCUCUGGUGGAAUAUGAAUGCAUUCAUCCUGAGAAAAAACAAAAGAAAAAGCACUACAAAAACUCUGGCAUUAUUAGGAUAAAAUCCUGCAAGAUUGAGACAGAAUAUUCAUUUCUGGACUAUGUGAUGGGAGGUUGCCAGAUUAACUUUACGGUGGGUGUAGACUUCACUGCCUCCAAUGGCGAUCCCAAAUCACCAGAUUCUCUUCACUACAUCAGCCCAGAUGGGAUAAAUGAGUACCUGAGUGCCAUCUGGAGUGUGGGAAGUGUAGUCCAGGAUUAUGACACGGACAAGCUGUUUCCUGCAUUUGGGUUUGGUGCUCAGGUUCCUCCUAGCUGGCAGGUAUCUCAUGAGUUUGCUUUGAACUUCAACCCCAGCAACCCUUAUUGCCAAGGGAUCCAAGGAAUAGUGGAUGCCUACCGCCAGAUUCUGCCUCGGAUCCAACUCUACGGGCCAACCAACUUCUCUCCUAUUAUAAACCACGUGGCAAGGUUUGCAGGACACUCACUGCAACAAGGAACUGCUGCACAAUACUUUAUCUUGCUGAUCAUCACAGAUGGAGAGAUCACUGAUCUAGACCAAACUAGGCAGGCAAUUGUUAAUGCCUCUAAGCUGCCCAUGUCCAUCAUCAUUGUUGGUGUUGGUGAAGCCGAUUUUAAAGCAAUGGAGUUCCUUGAUGGAGACAACGGUGUUCUGAAAUCUGUGACAGGAGAGCCAGCUGCACGGGACAUUGUCCAGUUUGUGCCUUUCCGACAGUUCAAAAAUGCUCCCCAGGAAGCACUUUCCCAGAUGGUUCUGGCUGAAGUGCCCAAGCAGCUGGUGUCAUACUAUAAAUGGCAGGGGUGGCCCCCCCUGGAACUGCCAGAAAUCAAGGCAAUGUAGAUUCAGGAUGGCCCUGGCCACCUGUAGCACUGGGGUGAAGGAGAGCUGCCUGCAGCCACAUUCUCCCUUGUACACUGUGGGUGCUCAGUGCCUUGAGAUCGCACCAGUCACACCACUUCUUUCACUUGCUUGUGCUCUGGGUCUUUGAUCUUUCCUAUUUCUAUCAGAAGAAAUGUAAAUACAGAAAAACCCCCAAGUGCUGGAAGUUUUUGUCACAGAAAAAUCGACCUUGUUGGUUUUCUACCUUGCAACAGCACAAGUUGUGACACAUCACACCACACAUCCCAUCUGCUACUCGCUAUCAGGGUGGGCCUCUGCACUGAGUGCUGAGCCUGGUGGGAGAAGUGUUGCACCUGUGUUUGCUGUAGUGUCACCUACCCUGUGCUCCUUGAUAGGUGUCUUUCUUCUAUCAAGCUGCCUUUGAAAUGGGGACCCUUCUGUUCUGGAUGUGACCAAAGACUGUUGGUUGGAUGCCUGAGGUAGUUCCUGUUGUGCCUUCAUAAAGUGCCAGUAUAUUUUUUUUUAUGUUUCAGUGACCAUACCUUUCUGUGUUCUUUUUAAUCACAUUUUUUCUAUUAGCAAAAUUUUUUUCUGUGAUGAACUGCUUGGAGUGACUGUUAUAGUUUAAGAACACUGCACUUCGCUUAUUUAUGGGGGAGAAAUGAGGAUUAAUCAUUAAUGAGAUUGUGGUGAGAUUAAUGAGUCACACUAAUGUGACUUUAAAAAUCCAGCAUUUGGAAACACUGAAGUGAAGAUGCUUUGAGUGAAUUCUUUAUAUCACACAAGUUACAAAAUGAAGAAGUAACUUAUCUGUGGAACUCCAAGGAGGAGCUUCCUUAUCCUCAGUAGUGUGAAGUGUGCAUUACAUGGUCUGGGGACUGUAGAACAGGCACAUGACAGCAAAGCACAAAUGUUUUGAGGGAGGUGGUUCAUUUCCAAGUAGAGAUAAAGAAACUUGGGCUUGUCAUUGCACUACAAGUGUCAUCACUUUCAGUUACAUAAAUAAAGAUUCUACUUUGGCUUA